AUGUCUUACGAACAACAUGAUGCGAUGGACAAGACGGGCACGCUCUGGAGUCUGCGCCUCAUGGAAUCAGAGCUAAAGAAGCGGCUUGUGCAAGCCUUGGCGAGUGAGGGAAACAGCUACGCUGAGAGGACAGAGGCCAUCAUCGGCGAACACACAGCCGACAGCAACGCGGGCGCAGGUUUGAACGAGCAAGCCACAGCGGAGAUCCGUCGGAGAAUGGAAGCUCUUUCGAUCGAUCCUAAAGCCAAAUGUCACUUCCGGGGGGCAGUCUUGCUCAAGCUAUGCAUGAUCUCAGCGUGGAAGCUGCAGACACUGAGAGCUAACCAUCUGCACAGCGCGUCUGGCAUCUGA